GAAUUUAAGGGCAAAAAGGACCAAAAAUCAAUGUGCAAAGUUGUUGAUCGCAAUAAUUUGAUUGCGUGAAUAAAUAUAUCAAUUGAUCGUUUUUCUCUUCUCUAGCAACUAGAGACAAAAAAAAAAAAAAACAAAGCCUUAGUUUAACGGUUAUUUUGUGUUCGGUUUUUUUUUCCUUAAAGUGAACAAUUUUCAGGAGAUUUUAAUUUUUCGUUUAUAAAACACCUGAUGUCCUUAAAAGCAAAGUGCAUGUGUGAAAAAUAAAAAAAAAAACAUAAAAAAAGUUUUCCAUUGGGCGCCAUUUUUAACAAUUUUUCGUUUUGUUUUCCUUUCUCGCCGACCGUUGUUUGUCGUCAUCGUCCUCGUCGUCGUCGUCGUGUAACAAGGAUAAGAAACUGAGAUAUUUCUCACUCACACGUCGAGUAACGUUUUUCUAUCUCAUAGGUUUUUGAUACCACGCCGCGCUAAGGGCAAAUGAUAUAAAAUAUAAAUCCUUCAGGGAGAUCCUUGCUCUAGGACCAAGGAUUGUUAUUUCUUUUUUUUCGUGUGUUUUUUUUUUUUUAUUUGGUGAAAACGGUGAGAAAAGUGGCAAAAAUACCAUUUUCAUUCCGCUACCACUAUUGGAGAAGAGAUAACACUAUAGGUGCUGCUGCUACACAGAAUAAGGAUAAACACCCACACUCACAGCCAUUCAGCUGGAGCAGAAACUCGCAGGAUAUAAAAUGUUGCACACUCGGGUCGUCUAUUUACGAUCAGCAGCAAUUCUUUGCCUGCUGAUAGUCAUUGCAAUCCCAGAACUCACAGUGGCGCUAAAAGACGUCUACGUGACCGUACCAACUGCCGUUAAACGUGGCGAUAGCGCAAUGCUGGCGUGCAAUUACGACAUCGAAAAUGAUACCCUAUACACGGUGAAAUGGUACAAAGGCCGGCGGGAGUUCUAUCGCUAUACACCCAAGGAGAAUCCGGCGAUGAAAAUCUUCAAAUUACCCGGAAUUAAUGUUGAGUCAACUCUAUCAAAUCAAAGUCAUGUGACACUUGUUUCAGUGCCAUUAUCAAUCACUGGAAAGUUCAGCUGUGAAGUAUCAGCCGAUGCGCCUUCCUUUCACACUAUAAUUCACACAGCUGAAAUGGAAAUUGUGGAACUACCAACUCAACGUCCAAUCAUAACUGGCAUCCACUCAAGAUAUCGCUUAGGUGACGUCAUCAAUGGUAACUGCUCAUCGGACUACUCAAAGCCAGCAGCCAAUCUAACCUGGUGGAUCAAUGAGAUUCCGGUCCUUCCAAAUUACAUUCGAACAUACGAAGUUCAAAAGCACACCGAAGAAAAUCUUGAAUCAUCAGUGUUAGAAAUCAACUUCAUUGUGACGUAUCAGCAUUUUAUCAAAGGACGACUUAAGCUCAAGUGUACUGCCCGAAUUCAUGAAAUCUAUGAACAGGAAACAGAAAAACUCAUCGAAGAAGAUCGACCAAGGAUAUUAGCAUCAGGUCGAUCACCAGAUGUAAAUUUAUAUCCAUUUGAUCAGCCUGGGGAUGGUGAAUUUGAUGAUCAGAAUGAACAAUAUUUAACACACUACAAUAAAAAUGCUUCAGCGUCGGCAUGUCGAUUGGAUUCGAAACGGGCUAUCAAAAUGGCAAUGGUACUGUUUGUUUUUGGUUUGGUCCUGAGACUCAAGAUGACAGAUGAUAACGAUAAUGAUGACAAAAAUACAAAUGACAAUGACAACAGGAAUUACACGAGAAUCAAAAUAAGUGAAAGAAUGGAAUUGAAUAGGAAUGAGAUGUCUAAAAUUGAAGAGUGGCAACCCCAACGGGAUUUUCUAACGAAUGAAAAUUUAAUUCAAAAUCGGUGAUAAGUUAAGUUUUAAACAAAAAAAAAAAAAUAAAAUAAAAAAUAAA